UGGGUGUUGAUUUGAAACUCAAAACUGUAGAGCUGAGAGGAAAGAAAAUCAGGUUAUAAAUCUGGGGCGGAGCAGGUCAGGAGAGAUUCGGCAGCAUGACCCCAGCCUAUUAGGGAAGUGCCGGGGGUGUCACAUUAGUCCAUCCCGUCACAAAGGAGAUGUUUGAUGAUGUGCCAGAAUGGGUGAGGGUGACUGAUAAGUGUGCUUCAGGAGAUGCAGAACUUCUCUUAGUUGGAAAUGAGUUGGACGUGAAACUGACAAGGUGGAGAGUUUGCGCAGAAAGUCACUGGGAUGCGAUUCUGCGAAGCGAGCGCCGAGGAUAAUUUCAACGCGGACGAGGUAUUUCUGCAAGUUGUUGAUGACGUUCUGAAAAAGGUGCCUCUGGAUAUUUGAAGGCGUGAGCUGCCCAACAGCACCUUCUCGUUACAACCAGAGCCUGAGGUUCCGCCAGAACUGCCUCCACCGAGGCCGCACGUCCAACGCUGACGACCGGCUACUUCGGAGACAAAGUGGAAACGGAGCCUGGGGAGGGGAGGACUGUCAGUUCUGCACCGCAGUCAUUUUGACAGUUUCCUUUUGCACUUUGUAAUCCAAGUCAGAGCUAUACACUGACUUGUAAAUAUGCAAAUAUGCACUCCUGGGGCAAUUGUAAUUCUUAUGACAUGGGUCGGAUUCCUACCCAGUUGUAUGUAUGUGUACAGCCCCGACUGGACCUGCCUCUGUUUCCCAUCAUAAACCCAUGCCCGGUGGCCGCCUUGCUGUAUUCCCGCCGGGUCUGCUGCCUGCCUGCCUUUGUGAACGGUGUUUUGUGUUGACAGAGCGUCUGCUUUGGGCUCCAGCCCGCAUCUGACCCGGUCACCGGAUCUGCAUAUCCCACCGCUUACUUGACAUCUCCACCUGCCUGUUCCAGAAACACCUCAGACUCGACGGUCUACAGUGAGCCUGUCUCCCCGUGACCGGGAGCUCGUGCUGCCCCCCGUCAGUGACUGCUGUCACUACCUGAGGCCCGACCUGGACGUCUCCUCCCGUCCCCCCAAUCAGCCUCCACGUCCUGCCGACUCUCCACACUGCGCGUGGGCCUGCGCAUUCCGUUUCAGCAGUGCCCCAGUCAGACUCACCUCCCCUCUUGCCUGGGUGGCCCCCAAAGCGUCCCCUGAUGCCCCGUGCCCUCACUGCCCCUUUCCACGUCACUGUGCAGCAGUCAGGCGGGGAGAGCAUUUCAAAAUACAAAUCUGAUCGUGCCAUUGCCGGGCAACAAACUUCUAUUUCCCUCGCUACAAAGUGCAAAAGCCAUCGUGCCAUCUGCAAGGGCCUGAAUAACAUGGCUCCAUGCUGGGCCUUUGGGGUGAAAAUGAAGCAGACGCAGGAGCCCUGCCCUCGUGCACCUCCCAAUCUAGAAAGGGGACCCAAAAAUAAACAAAGCAUGAUUGACAGUUGUGAUUUGUGCUGGGAAGGAAGGAGAGGAGUGUCUUUAUUGGGAAGGGCUGGAGGUGUGGAUGGGCAGGCAGGGAGGCUCCUCUGGGGAGGCACGUGGAGCCAAGACCUAAGGUGUGAGAGGGAGCGAGUUCUGAGCAGAGGACCAGCGUGCGUGAAGGCCUGCGGGUGGAAAGCAGGCUGGAGUCGGAGCGAUGGAAAAGCCAGUGGCAGCAGAGCACGCAGAGGAAGGGAAGGCGGUGCGGGAUGGCUGGGAAGCGGGGCAAGUGCGGGGAGCGGGCUGGUCCCUCCGUGCGCAGGCCGGCCAGCAGGGGAGCGUGGGGCAGCCCGGGAGGCCUGUCGGAGGCAGUGUGGGUCGGGGGCCCCGAGAGCCGGCGCCACUCCGAGGCCCAGAGUAGCGAGGUCACUGGCGCGGUGCAGCAGGACGGAGCCGGUGGUCCGAGCAGCAAGGUCACCUGCCCGGAGCCCAGAGGACACCGGAGUCCAGAUUCUCGGCUUGGGUCCCCGGCAUGACUCAACAAUGAACAAGGCGGUGAGUUUAAGGGUCUCCUUGCUUUUCUUGCUUCUGACAGCAGUGGAUGUUAGACGUGAUCUAAAGCCUGCGUGCCAGCUGGCCCAUUCCGCGUGGUAUCGCGUGGUGGGCGGGCUCCUAAAGGUCCUUGUCUUUGUCCGGGGGCGGUUGUUUUCCUACUGGAAACCCGAGACUAGGGCGCUGGCGUUCAGGGGUCUGUGCGCGGAACGGCCGCUUCGCAGUGAGCUGUCCCCCGAGCUCUCCCCCCAGACCAGGAACGGGGCCACACCUUAUUGA